UGUAAACACUGUAAUAAAAAGGGCCACAUACAGAGAAUGUGUAAAAUGAAGCAAAAUGAGGAAAAACAAAGAUUCCGGAAAAGGGAUAAAAGGGUGAAUGAAAUGAAUGACACCGAUACAAGUGGUUCAACCUCAGAUGAUACUGACACAGGGUUGGGGCAUAUAGCACUCCAUUCAGUGUCAGGCAGUGAUAAGAGGAUGAUAUGGGUGACCCCAGAGAUUGAAGGAAAGAAAGUAAAAAUGGAACUAGACACUGGAUCAGCACUUUCUCUUAUAUCGCUGAAAGAUUACAAAGAGAAGUUUGCAAAUAUUAAAUUGAAACGUACACCACUGUUACUGAAAACAUAUACAGGAGAAAAGGUGGCACCGGUGGGAAAAAUUGAAGUCAAAGUGAAAUAUGAAGACAAAAUGAAAACUUUGGAUUUGUAUGUGCUGCAAUGCGGAAGUGUACCAUUAUUUGGACGCGACUGGCUGCAUAUGAUUAAGCUCAAUUGGCAGUCUAUUAAGGUAAUGCAGCCCAUUGAGAAUGAAAGCAGUAAAGCCACACAGGAAGAGCUGAAAAUUUUACUUCAACGGACAGCAUCAGUCUUCCAAGAGGGCAUAGGAACUUUAAAACACAUGAAAGCACACCUCACAGUGGAUGAGCGUGCCUCAGCCAAGUUUUUGAAAGCUCGUCCUGUCCCCUAUGCGUUGCGUCCAAGAGUAGAGACAGAACUAAAGCGACUAGAGGACCAGGGUAUUUUGUCCAAAGUUGAAUGGUCAGACUGGGCAACACCAAUCGUACCAGUUGUGAAGAAAAAUGGCGCGAUAAGGCUAUGCGGCGACUUUAAGGUAACAAUCAACCCAGUUCUCCAUGCAGAUCAAUACCCGUUACCACGUAUAGAGGACAUUUUUGCUUCAUUAGCUGAAGGGCAACAUUUUUCAAAGAUUGAUUUGGCUCAAGCAUAUUUACAAAUGGAAAUGGAUGCUGAAUCAAAAAAGUACCUAACAAUUAAUACCCACAAAGGCCUCUUUCGGUACAAUCGGCUAGUGUUUGGUAUUGCAUCCGCGCCUGCGGUGUGGCAGCGUGCUAUCGAUCAAGUGCUACACAUUCCAGGCACACAGUGCUACUUAGAUGACAUUAUUGUGACAGGUCAUGACGACAGCUCCCACUUGGCUAAUCUAGAGGCUGUCCUAAUGAGGCUGCUGAGUAAGGACAAAUGUGAGUUCUUUAAAGACUCCAUUGAGUUCUGUGGGCACAGAAUAGACAGAGAGGGUCUCCACAAAUCACGAGACAAAAUUGAUGCCGUCCUGAAGGCUCCAAAACCCACCAAUGUUUCCCAGCUUUGCUCAUUUUUGGGACUGGUCAAUUACUAUCACAAAUUCCUGCCAAAUCUUGCAACUGUGCUUCAUCCAUUGAACAGCCUCCUACAAGCAAAAGUGACCUGGAAAUGGACAAAGAGUUGUGACCUGGCAUUCCAGACUGCGAAAGAAAUUAUCCCAUCCGAAAAAGUCUUGACUCACUAUAACCCAGAUUUACCUCUUCGCUUGGCUUGUGAUGCCUCGCCAUAUGGCACAGGUGCUGUCCUUUCACACAAAAUGCCGGACGGCUCUGAACGCCCUAUUGCCUUUGCAUCCAGAUCUUUAUGUGCUGCUGAAAAGAACUAUGCACAAAUUGACAGAGAAGGGCUUAGCCUUGUUUGGGGUGUCAAGAAAUUCAACCAAUACCUAUAUGGCAAAUGUUUCACAUUAAUUACAGAUCACCAACCCCUAGUGGCCAUUUUUAACCCUAGGAAAUCUAUUCCGGCUAUGACUGCAGCACGUUUACAAAGAUGGGCAUUGUUUUUAGGAGGGCACAGAUACGUGAUUGAGUACAAAGGCACAACACGGCAUGGUAAUGCUGAUGGACUCUCUCGUUUACCAUGUGAGCCUGAAGUCAAUGCCACUGCAGACCCAGCUGAGAUGUUCCAUACAACCCUUCUGGAGAACCUACCUGUCACAAGCGCACAGGUCAAACAGGAAACAUCCAGAGAUCCAACUAUGGCAAAGGUCUUGGAGUUAACUGUGAAGGGGUGGCCUGCCAAAAACACAGUGGCCUUGCCUGAAUACUUCAGUCGACGCGAGCAGUUAUCCGUGUGUCAUGGGUGCAUCAUGUGGGGUACAAGAGUUGUUGUGCCACCCAAGCUGCGAUCCCGAGUCCUGGGAGCACUUCAUGAUGGACACUUGGGUGUGGUAAAAAUGAAAAGUCUUGCAAGAAGCUAUAUAUGGUGGCCAGGCAUUGAUCAACAGAUAGAGGAAAUGGCCAAAUUAUGUCCUGAAUGUCAGCAGACGCAAAAACAGCCUCCAUCCGCCCCUGUCCACAGCUGGGAGUGGCCAACUGCCCCUUGGCAAAGGAUCCACGUGGACUACGCUGGGCCUUUCCUAGAUCGUAUGUUUCUUGUGGUGAUUGAUGCAUAUUCAAAGUGGCCAGAGGUCUUCAUAGUGAAAAAUGCCACAAGCACAAAAACAGUGGAACUACUCCGCACACUGUUUGCAAGAACAGGAUUGCCUGAACGACUUGUCAGUGACAACGGCAGUCAAUUCACAUCCGAGGAAUUUCAGUCCUUCCUCCAGAGAAAUGGCAUCAAACACACCACAGCAGUACCUUACCACCCCGCCACGAACGGGCUAGCUGAACGAUUUGUUCAGUCAUUUAAACAGUCAAUGAAAACAAUGUCAAAUGCUCAAGUGUCACUACAAGAGAAGAUGGUAAAUUUCUUACUUGCAUACAGAAAUGCUGACCAUACUACCACAGGUCAAGCUCCUGCCGUUUUGUUAAUGGGAAGAAGACUGAGGUCACGUCUUGAUUUGCUAAAGCUUGACCUGCGUAGAGAUGUCAUGCAAAAACAAUCCAUCAAAGCAAAGACUGGUCAUGUUAGAAACUUUGUGAUUGGACAACAAGUUCUGGCAAGAGACUACCGUCAGUCUAAGCAGAAAUGGCAGCAUGGUGAAAUACUGUCCAAGACAGGCCCUCUAACAUACACUGUGAGAGUUGGGGAAAGUGUUAUCUGGCGUCGACACAUCGAUCAAUUGCUGGAAGCAACCGCUCAACGUUCAGCCAAUAAGAGCACAGAGGAUGACCUUCAUAACCCUGAGGACUCUGAUGAGCUCGUGUGCACAGCCUCAGAGCCGCCGCCUCCUGAUCAUGGAAAUGCUGCACUGGUUAAUGCGGGUAUUCCUGAGGUUCCUGUUCAAGGCUCUGACCCUCACGAGAGACGCUAUCCUGAAAGAGCUCAUCAUCCUCCCCAAAGACUGGACCUAUAG